AACCGGCCGGGCAAUUAACGAGGAACAGUCAAAGGUCACCAGAGGGGAGAGAAACAGGCUCUGCUGUAGCUAUGAUAAUUCCGAUUCGCUGCUUCACGUGCGGGAAGGUGAUAGGCAACAAGUGGGAAUCCUACCUGGGCUACCUUCAGGCCGAGUACACGGAGGGCAGCGAUGCACUGGAUGCCCUGGGCCUGAAACGCUACUGCUGUAGAAGAAUGCUACUGAGUCACGUGGACCUUAUCGAGAAGCUGUUGAACUAUGCUCCUCUGGAGAAAUGAGAUCUUUUCGUCAUUACACACACAUUCUCGUGCUAGUUGUCGCUUUCUUUGAUGAAAUUUCAUAUUCUAUUCUGUUGUCUUAUUUCAGAGUGAUGUCAUUUCAUCUGUUGUGUAUAAUAUUAUAGGCAUUCAAUUCCUAGCCAAUAUCGUGGAUAAGAGCAUACAUCAAACUGUAUUCCCAUGCCUUCAGAUUCUAUUCUGUUGUCUUAUUAUUUCAGAGUGAUGUCAUUUCAUCUGUUGUGUAGGCAUUCGCUAAUAAUUCCUAGCCAAUAUCAUGGAUAAGAGCAUACAUCAAACUGUGUAUAACCCCAGGCCUUCCCCUGUAAGCCUUGUUAUCAGCACGAUCAGGGGACAAGGCUAAAUACAA